CCAGAAAACGACACGUGCAUACAGCUAAGAGUAACUGUUAUUACUUUAUUGAAAUUCUGCAUCACAAUGGUGCGCCCCAAUAACCAAUUGCCGGACAACCUUCCGCAGUUGCAGAACCUAAUAAAGCGCGAUCCGGAGUCGUACAGUGAUGAGUUCCGUACACAAUACGAACAUUUUCUCAGCUUGCUAGAGGUGUUUGCUUUGAAUCCAAGCGUGGAAAAUAAAUCCCUGGACGAUAUAAUUAUGUUUAUUGCCCAAACGGCUCAGUGCUAUCCAGAAAUAUGUGAGCAAUUUCCCAAACGCCUGGCCGAUUUACUGAAAAAUUAUGCCACUGUCUUGGAUCCGGCCAUGCGUAAUUGCUUUGUGAAGGCUCUAAUAUUGCUACGUAAUAAAAAUUUGGUGCCUGCACUCGACCUCUUGGAGCUAUUUUUUCAGCUGCUACGCUGCCAGGAUAAGAACUUGCGUACUUUCCUACAGACUCAUAUCGUGACGGAUAUAAAAAACAUGAAUGCCAAGCACAAGGACAUGAAACUGAAUUCGAGCUUACAAAACUUCAUGUACACCAUGUUGAAAGAUGCCAAUCCAAAGGCCGCAAAAAUGUCGGCUGACAUUAUGGUGGAGUUGUACAAAAAGAACAUUUGGAAUGAUGCCAAAACCGUGAACGUUAUAGCGACUGUCGGCUGUUUCUCCAAAGUAACGAAGGUGCUGGUUACUUCGCUAAAAUUCUUUUUGGGACACGAUGAGGAAGACGAAGGGUCCGACUCGGAAAGUGAGAAUGAGGUCGAUUUAAAAGGUGCCCUUAUGGUUAACCGCGUGAACAAGAAAACCAAAAAGCGGCAAAAGCAACUACAACAAAUUAAGAAGCAAGCUAUAAAGGCACAAAAAAAGAAAAAAAAUGCACCAGCAUUUAAUUUUUCAGGCAUCCAUUUAGUACACAAUCCACAGGGUAUGGCCGAAGGUCUAUUCAAGCAAUUGCAGGCCACCAACGAACGGUUCGAAGUAAAGUUGAUGCAUUUGGAUGUUAUAUCGCGACUAAUUGGCAUACAUGAAUUGUUCCUGUUUGGCUACUAUCCGUACAUUACUCGUUUUUUACAACCGCAUCAACGCCAGGUUACACGCGUGCUUCAAUUUGCUGCUCAAGCCUCCCACGAACUCGUACCUGGAGAUAUUAUUGAACCCAUAUUAAAGACAAUCGCCAACAAUUUUAUUACCGAAAGAAACUCAAGCGAUGUUAUGGCCAUAGGACUAAAUGCAACGAGGGAAAUUUGCAUGCGCUGUCCACUAGCUAUGGGUGAGGAUUUAUUACAGGAUCUGGCCAUGUACAAAACGUAUAAGGAAAAAUCGGUCAUGAUGGCGGCGCGGUCGCUGAUUACGCUUUACCGGGAGCAGUUACCGGCUCUGCUGCAUAAGAAGGAUCGUGGGCGUCAGACUGAAGCACAAGCGGAGCGAAAAGUACGCGCCUACGGAGAACGAGAAGUUCAUAAUACAGUACUUGGUGCCGAAGCUCUUCUCAAAGACUCUAAAACAAUUGAUCUGGGUAGUGACGAUGACGACGAAACAGAUUCCAAUGAUGGCGAAUGGGUUGACGUUGCCCACAGUGAUGGCGACGUCGAUGGUAGUGUUGACGACAGUGCCGAAGAGCCCGAUGAUGAUGAAGAGAAUGAUGAUGAAUCUGAUAAAAGUGGUGACACAGAGAAAAAAAUUAAUGUUGAAGUGUUGGAUCAAAAGGAAGCUGCUCAGGAAUUGGCCCUGACACGCAUUUUCACAGACGAGGAUUUCAAGCGCAUAAAUGCGGCCAAUCUUAAGAAAACUGUGACAAGUGCACGCAAACGUCCGCUGGAACAAGACCGGUCCGAGUUCGUAAAGUUAAAUAGUAUAGAAAUGAUUUUCAAGAAGCGCAAGCACGACAAGGAAUCCCGCCUGGAAACAGUUCAAGCUGGUCGCCAAGAUCGAGAACGCUUUGGCUGGAAAGACGGACGUAAAAACGAACACUGUUCUAAGACAAAUCGUGAGAAGCGCAAAACGAAAAACUUUGGAAUGUUGAGACAAAAAGCACGUUCCAAAGUCAAAAAGAGUUUUCGCGACAAACAACAAGCAUUGCGCAAACAUUUGCUUCACCAAAAGAAAAUGAAGUAAUUGUUAGAGUCAACCCAAUAAAUUGAUUAUAUGUAUCUUUA